AAGCUCCCUCCAGCACUGCCGUUACUCCAUGAGGCUCUGUCACUUCUGCCAGGCAAUGCACAUAACCCAGCUCAACCGGGAAUGCCUUUUACAUCUCUUCUCUUUUCUGGAUAAAAACAGUAGGAAAAAUCUAGCAAAAACAUGUCACAAAUUGCUAGAAGUGUUUCAGGAUCCUUUGCUGUGGUCUUUAUUGAACUUUCAUUCUCCAGUGGAACUAAAGAAGGAUAAUUUUCUCCUGGGACCUACUUUAAAACACUUAUCCAUCUGCUGGAAUUCAGAAAGAGUCAAGGUGUGUAACAUUGAGGACUGGAUGAAAAACAGUUUCCAGAAAGACUUCUGUAAGAGGCAUGAGAACACUGUCAGUGAUUUUUUACUAGCCGUUUGUAACAGAUGUCCAAAUCUGCUGUCUCUGACCCUCUCUGGAUGUGGCCACGUUACAGAUGAUUGCAUUCUGCAGCUUCUCAAGAACUGCCCAAACCUGAAAAGCCUCAAACUGGAAAACUGUGUGCGGAUCACCGACCACACCUUGCAGGCAGUGACCCUCCAUGGGGCAUCACUGCGAACGCUCCACGUGGAUUUCUGCCGCAAUGUAACACAAGCUGGGCUAGAGAGAGUCAGGGAAAAGUGUCCUUCAGUAAUGCUGAGAGCAGACAGAAGUGCUAGCAUGAUCCCAGACAGUAAGCCAGAAAAAAAGCUGAUGCUUGUAAAAGCAUCAAGGAAUUUGGUUCAGCUUUAAAUGCAACAAAAUAUUCAGCAUGGGUAUUUUACUGCACUGAGGUAGCAAGGAACUGUGGCUACUUCCAUGGAUUCUGGUCAAGUCCAAACAAACGGUGGUUUUUUUAAAGGGUGUACUGGGAAAAUGCAUGCAUCUCCUCCUGGAUGGGCUUCAGGAAAAAACUCUUCUCUGUUGUUCACUGAAACUGGAAAACACUGCAUUACUGUCACAAAAUGCCAGACCUGCAGAAAACUGGAGUUCUGGUACCCUCCUGCUGCAGAUGCACAUCACUCAGAAGAGGGAAGCAGCAUUGUGUUUAUUAAAGCCAAAUAAUUUGAUGGAGUUCAAUAAAUUUUAUGGACUUCUAAGAAACAGUAGUUUGACGUGGUGCAGUAGGUUUGAUGGCAAGGUUCACUGACUGCCUGGAAGAAAUACAGUGAACUGAGGCAGAAUGAGUCACACAGUGACCUGAGAACAUAAGCAUUAAGGAAGAGCCUCCCACUGGGUCACAAGGUUCAGACCAGACCCUGCACUUUCAAAACUCCUUAUGUAAUGGGCAAGGGCCUAAAGCCGCAGCAGAGAGAGCCUGAGUCACUGUUGGAUUUUCACAAAUUUCAGGACAAGGGUGAUUAACAAACUUCUGUAAAACAGUAUAUCCAGACAGUUGCUCCAUCCACUAAGGAGGAUAACCACUCCCUGAAAGGUCUUUCUAGCAAAAGCAGAGUACUGACCACCAGCACUUUCUCAGUGAGUAACAGUGGCAGCUAAUUUACCAGGCUUUUUUACUCAAUGAGGGAAGCAUGGAUUCAAGGCACACAAAACCCAGUUUGACCCUUUGCAUGAUGUACUUUCAUAAGAUGCACCAAGUUAUUUUUUAAAGCUGACAUUAAAGGAACUGCAAUAUGAACAAGUGCUAGUUCAUAGAACUAACCCACAAGAAAAAGACAGGGACUAACAGCCUGUAGCUUUAAAUGCUAAAUUAGGAACACACUACAAAUCAGCUCUAUAUAAACACCCAUUUCUAACUGCAAAGUACAAAACCCAUAGCUAUUUUCAUCCCAAAGCACAAGGCGGUCCCUUUCCUGCACAGUGUUCUGCUACCUGGAAGUGAUUUUUUUUUUAAACAUGCUUUUGACAUUAUGCCACUGUCUACAAAAUCUGACACCAAAGAGGACUUCACUCUCAACGUAACUGAAUGUACUUACUUCUCCUUCCGAUCUUCGUUAAGUGAUCCACAGAUAUUCUUGGUACUCUCUAACUUGGCUGAGCUAAGAAAUAAAUCACAGCAUUACAGCAACUUAGUCAAACAAUGCUGUAGUUAUGGAGAAAUAAUUAACCUGUAUGAGUGGAGGCUGUUAAACCAGACAGUGUUAAUACAAACACACUCCCCUGGAGAGAAGCCAGACAUUAAUAUAAACAAGCCCCCUUAGAAAGGGAGCAGUUAGGCCAGAGAGAAUAUAAACACAACCCCCUAAAGGAGAAACCCUGGCAGGCAGUUCUCUAUGUCAUGGUGAAGAAAUGCGUUAAUCAGUUUUACCCCAUUGGUUCUUUUUUACCCAAGCCGAUUGGUCUGUUUUGGAUCCUUCCCCUCACUGGUCCCUUUCCCAGUUCCUCUCCCCAUUGGCUAAAUUGUAAAAUCCCACCCCUAACCACCCCAUAUAAUCCCACUCAAGCCUGGCUCUACGGUUCUUUCCUGCUCCAGACCAGUGGAUUACAGAAGCUUUCCUGGAGAUCGGAAAGACCCUGUCUCGCUUUUACUCCUGUGUCACCCGGGAUGGCAAAUGCAGUUCUGCUGCUCAGGCAGCUCUUCAAAGAGCAAAUUACUCUGCACUUGAGAGUGCACUAGAGAGCAAAUCACUUAGCACUUAGUGCACCAAAGAGCAAAAUCACUUUGCACCUAAGGGUGCACAAAGAGCUGAAUCACUCUCUGCCUGAGUGCCUGUGCCUCCAUCAAUUUAGGUGUCUUUUUAAAGACGCUUCUAGCAAGGAAGGUCGCGGCACCUUCGCCACCAGACCACGACAAUGUAUGAGCAUCUGUAAGAAACGCUCACCCAGAAAACCAAUAUGGAAAACAAAUUAUUGUAGCUUCAUUACUUAGAGAUAUUUAACAGCAUGGACACUGUAAAACUAGUAUUUCAUUAACUCCUUCCUAGAGUUUAAGUAAGGCCCUUACGCAGCACAAGGUAAGGAAGAAAACUGGAAGUAGGACAAGGACAAACAGCAAUCUGACAGCUGCCAAAGGACAUUGCUGAGCUGAACAAAUUUACUGUGAUGUGAAAUUGCAAAGCUGACACAACUCCUACUCUGGAUACACAACAGCAGUUCCACACACUGAUGACAAGGCAAAACAAGGUAUGGAUUUAUACAGUUAUCAUAGGCUGGCACAAUUUUGUUUUCUGGUUACAGAGAAAUGUAAAAUGUUUUUCCCCACCCUAACAGUGGAGUGGGUUGGGGGGGGAGGACAGGGGCUUAUCAAAAAGCUGGCUGGGAUAUUGGCAGCUAAGUUGACCAAUAGGAAAUGUCAAUGCGACUUUGGAAGGAACAUUUAAAACUAAUCUGCUGCUGAUCCGCCUCUCUCUCACUUUGGAAUCAGCCGUGAGGUAACACCGGAGGCAGCCGGGCCAGCCACAGGCCGGGCCUUGCUGCCCUUUUGGGUGGCCGGCCCGGGCCGGGCCCUGCUGCCCCUCUGUGUGACUGGGCCGGGCCCGGCCGGUGUCUGAGGGCCGCUGCCCGCACAGGGAGAGCCUGGGCCGGCUGAGCCCUUUCCCCUGCUGCCGGCAGGGAAGAGGCAGCUGCAGCUCGGCAGUGCCGGCCACGUGCUCGGACCGCGGCAGAAGGAGCCAGCCAUGGCCCAGCUUAAUCACCGCUGCCAGCAGAGAAAGCAAGCCUGCAGCUCCAGAACAACUCUGAGCGGGACCGCCUUAGAGGAGACCUAGGGGUGGAAAAAAGGACAUUUACCAGCUUCCUCCAUCAGCACAGCUUUGCAUUUCCUUCAGCCUCAUGCAGCCCAGGGUGCACGUGGCCCUUGCAGGCCUAAGCGAAAAUAAUCCUUCUCUAACAACACAGAACUUUUAAAGCACAAUUCUUCCUUGAGAGAAAGAAGAAAGAAAACCAGAAAGUACAUAGAAAUAGACACUUAUAUGAAGUCAGACCGAUGAGAAGUAAAAGAACUAAUAAUAUUAGAAUAGGAUUGAAGAAGUGGAUAUUUUUAACUGGACUUUUCUAAGGUAAAUUAUGGAAAAAAUAACUGUUCUUUGCAGCAUCUUAGUAUCGUUAGGUAGAACGCUAUUCCAAUCAAAAUUAAGAACUGAUGUAAUUGAGAUUUAUUUAGGAACUUUAAAGCCCCCGCUCCUGGGUUAAAAGGAGGUCUCAGUCUUUGAGACAAAGAUGAUUUUAGACUAGAGGAAGUAUUUGUAAAUAGUACCCCAGAUACACUGAAAAGCUUUGCUGACAGAACAUCAUUAAGAGCACUGAACUAUUUUUGUCUUGUAGCAAACAUCUCCAUAAAAGAUCUUAGAAAGACUCUUCUCCUAUAGUAAUGAGUAAUUAUGUUUAAAUAGUGAAACUGACUGAAAAUCUUAAGUUGUGUCUAUGUUGUUCAAUAAGAAA